AUAUUAAAUAUUUUUCAAAGGAAUUGUUUUUUCUUCUUCUUCUGGGUGCGUAUAUGCCAUCUGGUUCUGCCCAUUUCUCCACCUUUCCUCCUACCUUCAUUGCUUUCAAUCGCUUUGACCAUUUCGUCCUUCACCUUCCCCAUUCGAUCCAUUUACAGUUCCAAUCUCCACCAUCCUUUUAUUCUACUCCACUUCUCCUAUUCAUUUCUGUGAUCCGAUUCCUCAGAAAAUCGCUAACUUGCUUUCGCAAUACCAUUUUUCGAGAAUCUUUCUUCGUCUGCUUCUGGGUUUUUAUUGAAGAAUUUGAGGUUAGAUAUUUCGUUUUUUUGGUGGUAUUAAGCAUGUCGGGGGCAGGAUUGCAGCUGACUCGGGGGCGGGACAAUCCUGCCAACGUGCGGAGGGCGCAUCAGAAUCAGCUGAAGGAUCAACGUCGUAGAGUGCAGAGCGAUGUUACGGCGAGCCAAUCGUCGUCCGUUGAGGAGAAAUUGGUGCCGUCGGUUAACCAGGAGCUGGAGAAUCGGGUCGGGUUGGGUGACCCACAAAAACCGGUUGCGGUGCCGGAUUUUGAGCCGGUCGUUUCGCCUUUGAGUAAUUUGAAGCGGUUUUUGGAGUCUAUCGCUCCAUCUGUGCCUGUGCAGUAUCCAUCCAAGACAACUAUGCGAGGAUGGAGAACAUGUGAUGUGGAAUUCCAGCCGUACUUUGUUCUAGGUGAUUUGUGGGAGUCCUUCAAGGAAUGGAGUGCUUAUGGUGCUGGGGUGCCACUUAUUUUGAAUGAGAGUGAUUCUGUAGUUCAAUAUUAUGUUCCAUAUUUGUCGGGUAUCCAGAUAUAUGUCAACUCUAUCAAAUCAUCAACAAAAUCAAGGCAACCAGUAGAGGACAGUGACAGUGAUUUUAGGGACUCAAGUAGUGAUAAUAGCAGCGAUUGUGAACUUGAAAGAAGAUCAAAUGGCGUGAGAGAACAAUUCAAUCAUCACAAUGUGGUGAGUGAAAUUCCUCUGAAGAUGGAUAGAUUGUCUUUGAGAGAUCAGCAGAUCAGUCAUCAAGAAGACUUCUCUAGUGAUGAGGGUGAAUCUGUUAAUUCUAGAGGUCACUUGCUUUUUGAGUAUCUUGAACACAAUCCACCUUAUAGCCGGGAACCAUUAGCUGACAAGAUAUUAGAUCUUGCUUCACAUUUCCCUGAUCUGAAGACUCUGAGAAGUUGUGAUUUACUACCUUUUAGCUGGGUUUCUGUGGCCUGGUAUCCAAUUUACAGAAUUCCAACAGGACCCACAUUAAAGGAUCUAGAUGCUUGCUUUUUAACAUAUCAUUCGCUUCACACGCCAGUUGGAGGCACACAAAGUGCGGAGACUGCAGUUGUAACCUAUCCCAGUGAGAUAGAUGGUGUUCCAAAGAUGUCCUUGCCUGUUUUUGGUCUCGCAUCAUACAAAUUUAAGGGUUCCUUGUGGACACCAAAUGGAGGAUUUGACCGCCAGUUGACAAGCUCCCUCUUGUAUGCUGCUGACAGUAGGUUGAGAACAUGUCAGGUCAACCAUCCAGAUUUCCUGUUUUUCUGCCGUAGGUGAUAGUCAGAUAUGUCUAUAACUGUAGUACUCCUACCAUUCCAGAUGUACAGUUGUAGCUCGUUACAUAAAGUUAAAAUCUCUUGAUUUUUAGGUCAAGAUCAAAAGGUUAGUCUAAUUCUCACUUCAUAAUAAUUUAUAAAGAUUAAAAAAAAAGAAGAAGAAACUGAUGCAGGUAGAGUGGUUUGGAAUGGAAGGAGAGCUUUUGCAAUAAUGCUCUUGACAUAAACUGAAUUAGGGAAUUCAGAGUUAGAGACGCUGAUGAAGAGCUGGAUCCAGCCACAGCCAGCCAAUUUAAAGGUGGUUUCGCUUGCUGUCGGCAUAUGUUUUCUUUAUUUGUGGUCACCAUAUUUUUCCUGAAGUUGUAAGAGACCCGGCCUUUUUUCUGUCCUGAUGUUCAGUUAGGAUUUUUAUUUAACAUUGUACACGGGAUUUGUUAGUGUGAUGGAAAGUGCCAACUCUGAGCCAUUCCAAUUAUGUAUUUGUACUGUAACUAUAUUGUUCAUUAACUUCUGUUAUACAGCAAAAAACGAAUUUCUUGGUCGUUCUUUGAUACUAAUAAAAUAUUUUGGCUAAA